CAAAACGUACCUAAGGAUGCUAUCAUUGUUGAAAAGAUUUUACAAAGUAUGGGAAUUAAUGAAUUCGAACCAAGAGUUAUUGAACAAUUAUUGGAAUUAGUCUAUAGAUAUAUAACGGAAGUUAUUGAAGAUUCGUAUGUUUAUAUGGACCAUGCUUCAAGGUCUGAUUUGGACUUGGAAGACAUCCGAUUAGCCAUUCAAACAAGAGUAAAUCAUUCAUAUACAGAGCCACCACCAGUUGAGUUUUUACUUGAAGUGGCCAGUCAGAAGAAUUCACAACCAAUCCUCUUACCUAAAAAACAACGUGUAUUAUUACCUCCACAACAUCAUUGUCUCUCUAAUAGAAACUAUCAAUUUGCUAAGAGUUCACCAAGUGACGAUCUAGGAUCUAGAAAGAGACGAAAGCAAUCCGAAGCCAUGGUAAUCGAUGAAAAUAAUGAUCAACUAGAAGUACAACAAAAUGAAAAUUCACUCUCA